AUGUACGGCAUUGCAUGGAGUGCAGAGACGAACUCUGUCUUUCUUGCUUCUGCAGCAUCCGGCAUCCAGGUGUACAACAUCGCCAGUGGCGCUCUACAAGUUGUCUACCUGCGACCAAUGGCGAAGCUGUUGCCUCACUCCUGCAAGAUCACGCAAACGUUCGAAUCCCACAAGUCAACAGUCAGCUCACUAUCUCUAUCCAAUGAUGCUUCUCUCCUCGCAUCUACCUCCGCGAAUGCGUUCACGUCCACAAUCUCACCCUUUCGCAUACCAUCUGGGGGCGGUGACGUUUCUACGUGCGCAUUCCAUCCUCAUUCCCGCACACGACUCCUCGUGGGCAGCGGAGCACAGAUUCUGGUCUACGACACCACUCGUCCAUCGGGACCAGCCAAGAUCAUCCCGCUUGACAAGGAGCAGAAGAACCCUGGGCCCAUUGUGGCGAUCACAUGCAGUCCGUUCAGCAAGACACUCGUUGCGGCGGCGUGUAGCGGGGGAAUGGUCGCGUUGGUGGACCUGGACAAGGAGAAAUCUCUCUUCAAAGUGGUCAAUAUGCCAGCUCCGAUCACCUGCCUGUCAUUUUCCGCGGAGGGCGCUGCAUUAUACGCUGGUACGGAGAACGGCAAGCUCUUAAUCCUCGAUCUCCGAGCACUCGACAAGCCACCCAAAUCCAUCCCUGUCAGUGAGAAUGGUGAUCAAAUCAUUGCCAUCUCGAUACAGAGGAAGCUUAAACCGGGAGAGGCCCAGGUCACCAAGCCUUCUGCAGCUGCUAUUGCGUCAAAGCCACUGGUACAGCGGGACACCAACAAGGCAGCCCCUGCUGCUCGUCGGACCGGUAGCAGUACCACCGCAAGCUCCGAUGCGUCGAAGAAAAGUGUGGAGGACAAAGCAACUUCGAGAACAAAACUGUCGGCUCUAACCACUACGACUCCCCGUCGGCCUCUUGGCCGCACAACCUCCGGCUCCAGCCAGAAUGUUUCUCCUGCUAGUAGAUUUGCCGCCGGGACGAAGCGAAUGAACCCUGCUACAGCAAAGUCCCCCACAGCUGCUCGUAGUACUCCGUCAAAGCGCGCGUUCUCCCCGCCAAAGUCACUGGUCACACAUUCCGACAAGCAGGACGGGGAUGACGAAGGCGAUCUGUCCGUCGGUGUAGAGAAUCUCCUGGCUCUACCCACAGCAAAGGAUCGCGAAGCUGUCCCGGACGUAGUAGCCGAGCUCGACAACGACAGGCCCUCCUCAGUAGCCUCACGCGCCCCCUCCGUCUUGUCUCGUGUUUCUGCGCGGACGCGCGCGGACUCAACCACCGAACGUACGCACAGGCGCACCGACUCCGCGGGCUCUCAGGCAUCCACACACGCCCGGGCACUUGCAUCCGAGUCGGCCUCUGCAGCCCAGCCUCGGACGCGCUCCGUAUCUGGGAGCAGCGCCGCGUCCCGGCGCCCGUCCUCCGACGCUGCUACCCUCCCACAACGGCGACGGGUGUCAGGCUCCUCCAUCUCGUCCCGUCUCACCACCCGCACGCCUAGCCCCGGCGGGCCCGAGACGCCGAUCCCCGCGCACAAGGCCAAAGCCGCCGCACAGGCGCGCACCGCGCGCAGUCUCGCGUCGGCGGAGCUCGGCGCGUGGGGCAGCAAGGCCACGGAGGGGGCGGCAAGCGCCGACAGCGAGGACGGCGGUCCCGCACGCGCCGACUCGGACUCGGACGGCGAUGACGGGUCCACCGAGGCGAGCGCGCGGCUGCCUCGCGCCGAGCUCGCGAUGCAGGUCUCUCCCCAGCGGUCCUUCGCCGGGCCCUCGCCCGGCUUCGCGCGCACGUCCAGGAGCGGGCCGAGCUGGACAGAGCGGGCGGCCGUCCCGUCCCCGUUCCGCAACCCUACGGGGACGGGCCCAGGGUCGCCGCAAGCGAGAGCGGCACAGGACAUGCUGCAGGCGUUGCUGCGCGAUGCGCUGCAUGAUUUCCGGCAGGAGACCCGCGGGGAGCUCGUUGGGCUGCACCUCGACCUCAUCCGGAUGGGCGCGGGGUGGCGGCGGGAGAUGGGUGAUGGCCUGGGCGCGAUCCAGGAGGAGCUGAGGGAGUUGCGAGAGGAGAACAGGAGGCUGAGGGAGGAGAAUGAACGGCUCAGACGCGGGUACUGA